ACUGUGAGAGCAGGAGCGCGAGCGCGAGCUUGAAGCGUGGGUGCGGACUUCAGUCGCGUGCGACGCGCGCUCUCAGUCACUACCACGCGUUCUUCUUCCUCGGCUCCGGCUCCGGCUCCGGCUCCGGCUCCGGCUCGGACGCGACUGACAAGAAUGAACGUGAAAGACGCGUGCGUGAAACUAGACUUCUAUUUGCGGCUCGUUGGAAGUCUUAUGACCGAGGUGUAACGAGAGGUAUCUUUGCCGUGAAAAGUUCCUCCUUGCAAUACGAAAAAACGAAAAUCGCGUUGCUCGGGGUACACCAAUCGAGACCGGCGAGUAAAACGGGAGAUAAAUCGCGAACGAAUCAUGUAUUACAAUGAUGGAACACGGUGUAAACGGUAGAUUCGCGGCGCAAUGUAUCGGGUGCGGCGCGCUAUCCUCGAUUGACUUUCGAUUACGCGGAAAUCGAAAUUGACGAGUUCAACGAGACGGAGCACGAGCCCCGCGAUACAGUUUGAUGAAAUGACGUACUUUUUAUUAUCGGCGCGUUUCUGCCGGUUGAGAAAAUUGUAAUUAAAGCUCCGCAACAGAAAUUGUUGAGAGAGAGAGAGAGAGAGAGAGAGAGAGAGAGAGAGAGAGAAGCAGGAGGGAAAGGAGGGAAAGAAAAAAGGAAGAAAAAAAACGAGAUGCAAGACUGAAAGAAAGUGGAAGUAACAGCGCUUCGUAGACAAUAAUAAUAUUCGUCGUCGAGCAAAUAAAGUUCAGCUUUGAAAACAUGGAUGCGGCGCGGCGGACUAAUCGCGUCUGACUGUCUCUGCCAAUUGAUAAAGUGGUGUUUAUCAAUCCAAAGUUGCAUUUCUUAUCCGCGCGCCGACGUCUUUUUUCACGAGGUUCACGAGGAAGUCGCGAUCUUUGACCGAUCGGACUGGAAAUGAGCUCUAAUGAGACGGGCCGUUGAUACCUAGUGAAAUAUUUCAGUGGCUUAAAUGUUUGUUGCAUUUCUGCGAUCUAUUGUCGCCGAAGGACUCGAGAUAAAAGAUUGAUUUAGUAAAAAAUAAGCGGAAUCACGUAGAUUGGAAAUAUUAUCCAUUAUUAUGAGGGACAAAUUUGCAUUCAACGAGAUUCGAAAAAAGAAAGUAAAGAGAACGCAAGCGUCUGGCUAAUAUUUGGUUUGUGAUCAUCAACAAUAUGGAACGAAACGCAUGUAGACGACGCCUAUCGCUCGAGACCGUGGCUGUCACACCGAGAUCGUAGCACGUUCUCUCUUCUAUUUAUUGUUACAGCCAAUCAUGUCGCUUUGCGCACGCCGCUCGGGGGUGCCGGACAUGCACGAGACCCUGUCUAGCUUCCCAGAACAGUUUGGGGACGGCCCGAGAAAACCGGAAAUAAAGCCGGAAAUUCCGAAGGAGACGGACAGAACCGCGGACAAUCUGAAAUGCGGUUGGUUCUGGUUCAGGCCAAUUUAUUUACAGAAAUUUCGCACCGCGAAAUGGGCGCUUUUCUGGCUGUGCUGGGCCGGGGCGAUGCAAGGAAUGGUCGUAAAUGGUUUUAUAAAUGUCGUCAUAACGACGAUAGAGAGGAGAUUCGGACUGAAAUCGUCGGAGACCGGCUUGAUAGCGGGCGGAUACGAUAUAGCUAGUUUCCUUCUUCUCGUACCAGUAAGCUAUCUCGGCGGACGUGCGAAAGCAUCGAAACCAAGGUAUAUCGGCAUAGGGAUUCUAGUCUUAGGUAUAGGUAGUCUGCUGUUUGCGUCUCCGCAUUAUCUUGCCGGACCAUAUAGAGGGGGUCAGCAAACAGACAACAUAUGCCAAAGUGUCAGCAAUAUAUCGAGCCAUUCGAUAUCCUGCACGGAUCAAUCUACCGUUCAAGCGGAGCUAGAGCCUUACAGUGGCGUGUACUUAACCAUAUUUCUGGUAGCUCAGCUGUUGCACGGCGCCGGUGCGGCACCCUUUUAUACUCUCGGGGUUACGUAUUUAGAUGAAAAUGUGUCGAAGAAGAUGUCUUCGGUGUAUCUAGGUGUUUAUUAUACUAUGGCCAUAAUAGGACCCGCACUAGGCUACGUGGUCGGUGGUGAAUUAUUGAAAAUUUACACAGACUUUCUUACGGUGGACUCCUCGACGAUUGGAUUAACUUCCGAUAGUAAUGUCUGGAUUGGUGCAUGGUGGAUCGGUUUUUUAGCAGCAGCUGUCAUAUGCUUCGUCAUCGCGAUACCCGUUUUGGCAUUUCCCGCAGUUUUACCCGGAUCGGAGGAAUUAGCCAAGGAUAGGGUGUCGGAGGCGCACGAGAAAUCGGCUCGAUCUUCCACCGCGGCGACGGGAGAAGCGUUUUCCAAGAUACGAGAGCUGCCACGCGCUUUGACCGAAUUACUUGGAAAUCCGGCAUUUUUUAUGCUGAAUCUAGCAGGUGCCAGUGAAGGGUUGCUGAUUGCCGGAUUUGCUGCUUUCCUACCGAAACUGAUUGAAAAUCAAUUCAGCGUCAGUGCCAGCUCGGCCGCGUUACUGAUGGGAUUGGUGACCGUACCGGCAGGAGGCGGUGGUACUUUUCUCGGCGGCUAUCUAAUCAAACGCUUCAACCUACCCUGUUCCGGCAUUUUGAAAUUUUGCUUGCUGGCUACAACCGCCUGCAUCGCUUUUACCCUGUGUUUCGCUCUAAACUGCCCGAACUUGGAUUUCGCUGGAUUGACCGUGCCCUAUCAAAACCUCACGAGAAAGUUCGCGAUGUCUCUCGAGAACAGCUGCAACAAUGGCUGCGGGUGCUCCAGAUCGCAAUUCGAUCCUAUAUGCGGCGUAGACGGGAUCACGUACUACUCGCCCUGCCACGCUGGAUGCUAUCGAGAAACGCCGAUAAACAAUGUCAAAGUAUACUCGGACUGUAGCUGUAUACACGCGCCGGCGAUGAAUUUGACGAGCGAAAAUACCGGGAACGUCGUCCAGUACGAAGCUAUCAAUACCACCUGCGCAAGCUCGUGCUCGUACCUGUGGCUGUUCAUCGUCUUGGCGUUCUGUAACAUGUUCAUGACCUUCCUCUGCACGAUGCCCGCGCUCUCGUCCACGCUGAGGGUCGUGCGCGACGAUCAGCGAUCGUUCGCUCUGGGUAUACAAUGGAUCAAAGUUCGGAUUCUGGGGACGAUACCGGCACCCAUGGUUUUCGGCGCUCUUAUAGACGACACUUGCAUCUUGUGGAACGAAACGUGCGACGGCAGAGGAGCGUGUCUCGUUUACGACAACUAUUACAUGAGCAGGUAUAUGCUCGCGCUGGCAUUCAUCGGAAAAGCGGCUUCGCUUCUUUUCUUUUUCUUAGCGUGGUGGACGUACGUUCCACCGAGCACCAGAGGUAUCGACCAGAAUUCUCGGCAGCAAACGACGGCUACUUUAAUGCUAAGUGACACGUCUCAGGAAGUCGAGAUAGUACCAACUACGAUAGCAUAAUUUCAAAUUUUUAUUUUGUUCUCCUCUUUUAGAAAGUUAUUCUUUUAGAACUGCUAUUUUAUAGAAACGGCAAAAAUAAUUGCGGUUUACACACGGA